AAUUUUAGCAAUGGGUGCCCAAAUUGUCCUUUUUGUAUUACUUUCAAUAAGUCUGGAACAUUUUGCUAAAGGUGAAUUUCAACAUAGUUUAGCUAUCACAGAUAUUUUACCCGAAGACAUAAAACGUUACGAUAAAAUGCGUCCGCCCAAAAAGGAGGGCCAACCAUGCAUAGUGUAUUUCCAUGUCACCGUUAUGGGUUUAGAUUCCAUCGAUGAGAACUCCAUGACCUAUGUGGCGGACAUAUUCUUUGCACAGACGUGGAAAGAUCAUCGUCUGCGUCUGCCAGAAAAUAUGACCACAGAAUAUCGCCUGCUCGAAGUGGAGUGGCUGAAAAAUGUUUGGCGUCCGGAUUCUUUUUUCAAAAAUGCCAAAUCGGUAACAUUUCAGACAAUGACGAUACCCAAUCACUACAUGUGGCUGUAUAAGGACAAGACGAUAUUGUAUAUGGUGAAAUUGACGCUGAAGCUGUCGUGUAUUAUGAACUUUGCCAUAUACCCACAUGACACACAAGAGUGUAAACUACAAAUGGAGAGUUUAUCCCAUACAACAGAUGAUAUGAUAUUCCAAUGGGAUCCCACCACACCUCUGGUGGUGGAUGAGAAUAUUGAAUUGCCUCAGGUGGCCUUGAUACGCAAUGAAACGGCCGACUGUACCCAAGUCUAUUCCACGGGCAAUUUCACCUGCUUGGAAGUGGUGUUCACCCUGAAAAGACGUCUGGUCUACUAUGUCUUCAAUACCUAUAUACCGACCUGUAUGAUUGUCAUUAUGUCUUGGGUCUCGUUUUGGAUUAAGCCCGAGGCAGCUCCGGCUCGUGUCACCUUGGGUGUCACCUCCUUACUUACUUUAUCUACGCAACAUGCAAAGUCACAAUCGUCUCUGCCGCCCGUUUCCUAUUUGAAGGCGGUGGAUGCUUUUAUGUCAGUAUGCACGGUUUUCGUGUUUAUGGCCCUAAUGGAGUAUUGUCUUAUCAACAUAGUGCUUAGCGAUACACCCAUACCGAAGCCUAUAGCAUAUCCGCCUAAGCCCAAGCCGGAAGAGGAGAAAAAGGAGCCGGAAAAGAAACCCGAACCGGCCCCAAAACCGCCGCUGACGGAUGAAAAGAUAGAGAAAAUCUUCGAUGAGAUGACUAGAAAUAAGAGGGUUCCCCAUACACAUACACGUCGUGUGAUGAGACCACCACUUGAUGCCGAUGGUCCUUGGAUUCCACGUCAGGAAUCACGCAUAAUAUUGACACCAACCAUAGCACCACCACCACCGCCGAAGCCGCCAUCACCAGAGCCUCCAAAGCCUAAGCUGACCCCGCAACAAGAACGUCUCAAAAGAGCUAUAUACAUUGAUCGUACUUCACGUGUACUCUUUCCUGCUCUAUUUGCCAGUCUAAAUGGUAUCUAUUGGAUAGUGUUUUAUGAAUAUCUUUAAGAAGGUAAUGUGCAAUACAAAAGUUGCCAUAAGUGGAAUCAUUAUAAGGUGAAACUAAGUUCACAUUUCAUUUUCGAUAACUAUUCAAGCAAUAUUAGUGAGAUAGAUUUAAAAAUCAUGGUUGUUGGAGUAAUUUGAUGAACACUUUUAAAUAAGUCAAAAUCAUAAUUUGUAUCAUUAUAAGAUUUUUUUUAUUAUCAACCAUUAGCAUUGAGGCAACGCAGUAAAUCCAAAACGGUCUUCGAUAAUUCAAAUACGACUCCAUUCAAAUAUGUGAAAUCUUCCUCAAGUAUCAAUUAUUUUUAAUAAAACUAAAUAAGAAAAUAUAUUAUGUCAAAAAUUUUGGAAACCUUUGCUAUGAAAACUUAAAAUGCUUGUAUAUCCCAAUUUGGUGAUAACAACAAAAGCAACAUUGAAGUAAACAUUAACCAUUAGUUAGCUCAGGUAAGGUUUUAGUUGGAUUCUGAAAUCAGAUUUACGAAGCAUUUUGGUUUAUUGUAAUACCACAGGAACAGAAGGAGGAUGAUACCUUUUAGUUCAACCAGUUAUACCGCUUUAAAGAGCAUAAUACCUUGCAAAUGUUUACAUCCGCUAAUUCAGAUAAGUAGACAAGAAAUAAGAACAGCUUCGAUCUUCGGUCUACGUGUACACCACUCCUCUUAUAUUCACUAACACUUUUUUAUACCCUCCACCAUAGGAUGGGGGUGCACUUAUUUCGUCAUUCUGUUUGCAACACCUCGAAAUAUGUGUCUGAGACCCCAUAAAGCAUAUAUAUUCUGGAUCGUCAUGAUAUUUCAAGUCGAUCUAGGCAUGUCCCUCUGACCGUCCAUCUGUUUAAAGCACGCUUACUUUCGAAGGAGUAAAGCUAGGCACUUGAAAUUUUGCAUAAAUACUUUUUUUUGUAGAGUAGGUUGGUUGGUAUUGUAAAUGGGCCAAAUUUGUUUUGAUAUAGCUUCCAUAUGAACCGAUCUUGUGUCUUGACUUCUUGAGCCUCUUGACUUCUUGAGCCUCCUGCGAUUUGACUGAAAUUUUGCACGUGGUGUUUUGGUAUCAUUUCCAAUAACUGUGCCAUUUAUGGUUCAAAUCGGUACAUAACCUGGUUUAGAUGCCACAUAAGCCGAUCUUGGAUCUUGACUUCUUGAGCUGCUAGAGGGCGCAAUUCUCAUUCGCUUUGGCAGAAAUUUUGUACAACGGCUUCUCCCAUGACCUUAAACAUAUGUGGCCAAUAUGGUCUGAAUCGAUCUAUAGCUUGAUAUAGCUCCCAUAUAAACCGACCUCCCGAUUUUGCUUUUUGGAAUCCUACAAGGCGCAAUUCUUAUCCGAAUGGAGUGAAAUGUGGUAUUUUGGUCCGAAUCGGACCAACCAAAAUUGUUGAAUAUAUUAAAACAAUGUUUAAAAAAAGCAUCUGUGCCGAAACUGCCAGAAAAAUAUUACAUAGAGUUGGAUUUCAUGGAAGAGUUGCUCGAAGAAAGCCGUAUAUUUCAGUCAUAAACAAACAAAAGCGGAUUGCAUUCGCUAAUACUUUCAUCAAUAAGCCUCCUGAAUUCUGGAAACAAAUUAAUUUCUCCGACGAGAGCAAAUUCUGUAUUUUUGGCAUUAAAGGUCGGCAAAUAGUGUGGCGCAAGUCCGGGACUGAGUUGGAAAAACAUAAUUUAGUUGGAACGGUGAAGCACGGUGGUGGUGGAGUUAUGGUGUGGGGGUGUAUGGCUGCUAGUGGAGUGGGUCAAUUAGAAUUUAUUGAGUCCAAAAUGGAUAAAUGGGGCUAUCUCAAUAUUUUGAAAAAAAAUGUGAAACCAAGUGCUGCUAAACUAGGGUUAGCAACGAGAUUUUGGUUCCAACAAGAUUACGAUCCAAAGCAUACAUCGGAGGUUGUUAGGCUUUGGCUUCUAUAUAACACUCCAAAGCAGCUUAAAACACCACCCCAAUCACCAGAUCUCAACCCCAUUGAGCAUCUUUGGGAUAUUUUAGAAAAAAAAUUUUGUCAGCACGUUAUAAUCAGCAAGGAGAUGUUACGAAGUGUUAUACAGGCAAUAUGGGCGAAAAAAACAUCUGAGGAAACAGAGAAGUUGGUAAACUCCAUGCCGAAUAGACUAAGUGCAGUCUUAAAACAACGUGGCUAUCUUAUUAAAAUAUUAGGAAUAUGUUAAUAUGUUUUUAUUACUCUUUUGUUUAUUCUUAAUUAGUGAACGCAGACUUUGUGGUGCUUAUAUUUAAUUGUUAUCAUAUUUAAAUCGCUCUAGAUGAAAGUGCUUAACCAAAAUUAGAAUUUUGUUUUUUAAUGUUAGGAAUAUGAAGAAAAAAUAUAUGUAAAAGAGUUGAUUUGAUUUAUAAUUUAAUUUUGUGUUCUUUAACCAAUCAUAAAAGUUUGUCAGGUUAACGCAGACUUUAUGGGCUAUGUGUAUAUGUGGCGUCUAAUGAGUGAUGUACGAAAAAGUUCUUGGACUGCUGAAACUUACCUGAAACUUACUUUAUCCGGAAAGUAAAGUUUGUUCAAAAUUAAAAAAAACAUGUUUCAUUUCAUCAAUAUAACUAAAAUUAAAACGACUCGAUUAUUCAAAUCAUACAGCAUUUGCUAUUUGUUUAUACUAUUGUCGACUUGUUGUAAUAACUCUCUCAGAGUUUAAGUUAGACAAUUUAGGAGUUUUUUCAUCAUGGUUUCAUAUCAAUAUUUGACUAUGUAAGCUUUAAAGCCUAAAUUAAUUUCCUAACUAUUUUCUAAUGUUACAAAACAAUUUUUGUCUCUCAAAGGAAGUCAUAACAUCAACAUUUUUAUCAAAAAUCAUGCCAAGUUAACCUACAUAUUCAUGUUCGUAUAUAAGUAAUUUUAAUUAGAAAUUAUUUUCGAAUUGAUAAAGAAAUCUGAAAUAAAUAUUUAAUAAUAACAAAAUUACUAUUGCGCUCAAAUACGUAUAUUGUUAGUUACGAAAAAAAUAUUGCUGUAAAUAUAAGAGUAACCACAAAUAAUUAGAAACUAUUUUUGGCUGUUGAAUUGCAAUUCAAAAAAAAAAAUCAAAAAUUAUUGAAGAAAAUGCUUAGAAUCGACCGUUGAAAUGUUGUUUGGCUCAACCAACAAAUGCUCAUUUUAAGAUUUAAGUAGUCAAAUUAAGUGAUAAUAUUAUUUGUUUAAAAGAAAUAAUUCUAAUGUAAUUCAAUGUUCUAGAAAUGUAUAUAGUAGAGAAUAAAUCAAACAACGACCGAA